UUCUGUGAAGAACGGAGAAGAAACGUUGAAGUCAUGGCAAGAACUAAACAGACCGCUCGUAAAUCCACCGGUGGAAAAGCCCCGAGGAAGCAGCUCGCUACUAAAGCCGCCCGUAAGAGCGCUCCAGCCACCGGUGGAGUCAAGAAGCCUCAUCGUUACAGGCCCGGUACCGUGGCUCUGAGAGAGAUCCGCCGUUAUCAGAAGUCCACUGAGCUGCUGAUUCGCAAACUGCCUUUCCAGCGUCUGGUGAGAGAAAUCGCUCAGGAUUUCAAGACGGAUCUGCGCUUCCAGAGUUCCGCUGUCAUGGCCCUGCAGGAGUCCAGCGAGGCUUAUUUGGUCGGUCUGUUUGAGGACACCAACUUGUGUGCCAUCCACGCCAAGAGGGUCACCAUCAUGCCCAAAGACAUUCAGCUGGCCCGCCGGAUUCGAGGAGAACGCGCUUAAAUCCACAGUGACGUCAUCCACAUCAACCCCAAAGGCUCUUUUAAGAGCCACUUCAAUCACACUGAACGAGAUCAUUUCCAGUUUAUUACUGUUUUAGAUUUACUGUAGUGUUCAUUUGUUUCCGCUCUCUU